UUCAUUUUGGUUAACCCUAGCCUAGCCUCCAUCCCAGUUCUGAGUUCCCAGAUCCCCUUCCCUCCCCUGUUUCCCACCAUCACCAUCACCAUGGCACCAUCCACCAUGAGUCCAUGACUCCCUAGUCCCUCCCCUGCUACUCGCCUACUCUGCUGCACCUCCACGCUUUCAGCCACCUCGUCGCGCCGUUCAGCUUCCUUCAACGACGCGGCACUCACCUCACCACCACAUCCCGAGCAGUGCGCCACCCACCAGGUCUCCGUCCAGGUUUCCCUCUCCUCUGCUCGACGCUGGUCGCUCUAUCCCUCCAGGUCUCCCUCUUCUCUGCUCGAAGCUCCUCGCGCCAUCUCCAGGUCUCCCUCUUCUCUGCUCGACGGUCGUCGCUCCAUCCCUCCAGGUCCAGGGUACAGGCGUCCAGCCGUGCAGCCGUGGAGGUAAGUACUUCAGUUUAUUAAUUAUCCAGAUUCCAGAGCAGUGUUAACUGAUUAUUGUAGAUUGAUUAGUUAUGGUAUUCAGAUUUCAGGCAGAUGACUUGAGACUUGAGAGCAUGUUUGAUUGGUUACAUAUGUUUGAUUUUCAAGAUAAUUUUUUGAUAGUUUGAUUUCUGUUUUGGUAGUUUGAUUUCUGUUUGAUAGUUUACAUAUGUUUUUUAACUGUUAAUUUUUUAGUUUUUAGCUAUUUUAUACAUUUUACUUAUGUGGGACCGGGUCAACCGGUUCAACCAGUGACCCACCGAUUGAACCAGUGACCCAGUGACCCAGUAGCCUGACCGGUUCGAUCACUGGUUCGGUUCUGACAACAUUGCUUCUAAGAACAAAGAAAAGUCACAGUAUAUCAGACUUGAUCAGUUGUUAUAGUCCGCCACAUCAAAACGGUGGCAUUUUCACCCCCGCCCCCGGGUAACAAGGUCUUCGCGUCAAUCAAUUAAAUCGUUAGCCGUUAGGUCGUUCUCGUUACCAAAAUCAUGCCACCGCCGCCACCAGCACCAGAUCUUCCUGGGUUUUACUAUGACCCUGAGAAGAAUAGGUAUUUCCCCAUCAAAGGUCCCAUACCAGGCUCUUCUCAUUCUUCAUCUUCAUCUUCAAAGCAUGCUACUCACAAAGCAUCCCAAACAUCUUCAACUCAGGAAAAGAGUAGGAGUUGUUGCAGGAAGCUUAGAAGCAGAACCUCCAAGUUGAUUCAGGCUAGGGAGAUAGAUGGUCAUCGUGUCAUUGCUUCCCACAAUUACAAGUGUAACUUCACUGAGGAGUUUAGGAAAAUACAAGCAUCACAGCCUUCGGUAUGGAAGUAUAAGGGAACAGAUAAGAUUGGUAUUAGUGCUUUGAAACAGGUGCAUGUCCGUGUGCAGACAUUUGAGGGUGAAUGUGAUAGUGAUGUUAUAUUGACAGGCAGCACCAAUGGCUCAUUCAGUCUUUGUGAAGUUGGAAGGGAUGGGGGAUAUUUUGAUGGUGAGGUUAAGUGGACGCCCGAUUGUGUGAAGAAUUAUGCUAAAGGGAAAACUGAUGAGAAUAAUGUGGUGCCUGGUCCAGUUUCAAGACCUACUGGAGGGUCCGUGGUUAUGUCAUCUGGUAUAUCUUGCAUAAGAUCAGGCCCGGAGUGUUCUUCUCAUGCUGCAAAUGGCGGUCCUAUUGUUGGACAUGCAUUGUUUACAACUUUGGGUUCAGAGACAUCCGGUGGGUCAAUUUAUUCUCUUGGCCUUGUGGAAUCAUUAGAUCUUGGGUCAGGUAUACUGAACACAUGGAGCAGACUGGAUGAAGUUGCUUCUUUCAAGUGUACCAUUUGGACAGCAGAAUAUGAUUAUAGUAGACAUCGGGCUAUAAUUGGUACCAACAUGGGAGCUGCAUUGGUGGAUUUGGCAACUGGGAGGAGAUCAUGGUUUUUACGAUGUAAAAGUGAUAUCUUUGCACAGCAGAUUGUGAAUUCACAUGAGAAAAGAGAAAGAGUCUCGCGAACACUUAUUGAACAUAGGAUACCUUAUGCAUCACCAAAUAAGAAAGUUCGAAAUUCUAGUAAAGAAUGGUUCAAGCUCAGUGGAGAUAUAGACCCUUCUCUUACCAUUAGAAUGCCUUCAUCUAUAUCCAGUUUGGUAUCACUUCAGUAUGAUGAUCAGUACUUCUUGGCAAGCUCCAUGGACGGAACGAUGAGGCUCUAUGAUCUUCGCCUGCUUCAGAGAGGUUCUGUUCAAUCUUAUGAAGGGCAUGUGAAUUCCCAUUCGCGUAUACAACUCGGUGUUGACCCAGAUGAGAGAUUUGUUAUGUCAGGUGGAGAGGAUCGCAACCUACGGUCGUGGAGUAUCAAAACUGGCAAACUUCUUUUUGAGGAAAAAUUCUGUGAUUCAGUUCUCUCCAGUGUUUGCUAUCAAUCAUGUAAAGGGUUUAAAGAUGAGGAUGAAAAGAACCAACACAAGCAUGAAUCUUGUAUGAGUGCAUGGCUUGGAUCACAUGAUGAAGGACUAUUUUAUAUGCGCUGGUUAUGUGUGUGAAGCUCCUACACUGCUACUAGUAUUAUGCUAUAAAUAUAUACACACCAAAUUUUGAUAUGAUAGUUUAUGUAAUAUGCUUAAAUGAAAGCCCUAUGCAAAUGUAAAUUAGGUCCUUCUGAUUUCUGAACUACCAGGGUUGUAGAUAACUAGAUAUAUCUUGGGAUAGGCUUUUAUUUUAAGAUUUGAUUUCUUGAUUUAUUUGGAUUGCGAUUUCAGUGUUUGGUCAAUGGUAUCAAGAAAGUAGAUGUUUAGUUAUUAUUGAAUUUAUGAUUUUUAUUGUGGAUGAA